CCAUAGUCCACCCUUUCGGACACACACGUGGGUAAAAACCAACAAGUAUAUAUGGCAGGAUAGACUUAUCAUCAUCUUCUGUAGGUGUAACUCUCUCAUAGCUAAGUAACGCCAUGAUUCUAUCGUUCAGAUUCGGUCUAAGUACAGCUGCUAUUCUGUUCAUGGCUGCUGUGGUGAAAUUCUCCGCAUUACUUAGAAAAGAAUUUACAGUCUCCCAGGUUCCAUUGAUUUGGAACCUUGUGGUCUCUUGGUUCGAGCCUCCUUAUCUUUACCUCGUUAUCAAUUGUAUCAUCAUAACUAUAUUUGCCUCCUCAAAGCUUCAGAAGCACGGUACCAGUCACAACUCUGAGCUCAACAAAUUUCUGGAGGAUGAUUACAAUGGCAAUCAAAAUGCCUUGCAGAGCAAGUUGGUGGAGGUAAUGCAGGCAAACUCUUCGCGAGAGAUUAAGUUUAGUUACAAAUACUCAGAUGAGUUUGAUUUGAAUGGAAAUGCAGACGACAGUGUUACUGAGACUAAGAGCCCGAUAAUUGUGAAAGAUGUGCACAUUGAUGACUCUAAUGCUCCUGGCGGUCUUUACUCAGGUAAAACCACUAGUUUUAAGGAGAUAAAUGAUAAGAUUAUCUUGGAACAUACGGUGAAUAAGAUGUCAGAGCCAAAGCCGCCCUCGUCUGGCAAGUUCGUUCAUCAAAAGGUCGUCGAAGAUAAUAAGGAAGGAAAGGGGAGAUUGAGAGUUUUAAAGCCUAAGGCGCAGGAAUUAGACACCUUGGAGACUACUUGGAAAAGCAUUACUAAUGGGCAGCCACUGCAAUCAACUUGCAAGCACACUAGCUAUGGUAACUUACAAGAUGAACAUAAGAUGAUCUUAUCCGAGACAUUCAAUGAACAAAACAGCAACCACAGGAUUGAUAACAUGUCAAAGAGGCUAGCAGGAUCUUCUGGCCCAGGGAAACUGAGGAGAGAUCCCUCCCUGAGUCAGGACGAGUUGAACAAGAGAGCCGAGGCAUUUAUUAACAGGUUUAAAGAGGAUAUGAGACUGCAGAGGAAGGAAUCACUCGACAGGUCCGUGGAGACGAUCAACAGUAUCAUAUGUUAGAAAUUUAUGGAUUAUUUGCAGUGUGCACUACUGCACUAUAGUUGCCUACCACAAAUUUCAGGGAUUAUGGCUUGUAUACUGAGAUCAGAGUUCAAUCUUGUUUAAUA